CCUCGAACUCUCGAAAGGUCACGCAUGCGAACAUUCAUCAAACACGUCAUGUCAACUUCCGGAUCUACUGCACCCUGGUAUGCUAGUCUACCCGCCCCUCGGGGUACACCACUACAGAUGGCCGUGUCCGAGCUCAAGGCGUUGAAGGAUGAUCCCGCCCGACGAGCCGGGGUGGAUUAUCUGGUCGUCGACGUACGGAGAGCCGAUAUGGACGAGCCGGAUGGCAAGAUGAUCAUCCCGGGCGCAAUCAACCUCCCCGCUCAGACGUUUCACCAGACGCUCCCUACUCUCCUUCCGGUCCUUUCUCGAAUCCCUCGAGUUAUAUUCCACUGUUCUUCUUCUAACGGCCGAGGACCUCGGUGUGCGGGUUGGUAUCAAGACGCGCUCGACGACCACGAGAACGACAGAUCGACGACCACGGGGGAUAUUUCCAAAUCAUACGUCUUGACGGGAGGGAUCAAGGCUUGGAAGAGCGCUUAUCCGGAUGACGUGCAGCCGCUGUAGCUGGGGGAGGUGAGAGUGGAGAAGGGGUCUUAAUCCUGUGAGGAGAAGCUAUACAGCGUCAUCUGUCAGAAACCCAGAAGAAGACCGUUUGAAUGGGCAAAUGCACCACAAUAUAC